UGACAACACCAACGGGACUGAGAUGGAUAGAAAUGAGGUCUGAAAAGGACCAAAUGACCGUGGGCAAGGACAAAAGCGUCGUCGAGAUACAAUUCAGAGACAUCCCGAGAGAGCAGGAAAACACAUCCGGCAACAUCAAGCAGAAAGAAGAGAAAAAAGAGGUUUUUACAAAGGUUGUGAUUCGAAGGCUUCCACCUAAUCUGUCAAAGGACCAACUUGAAGAACAGCUCAGUCCACUUCCAUCCUAUGACUAUUUUGAGUUUUUCCCAGCUGAUCAAAGUCUUUAUCCCCACCUGUUCUCUAGAGCCUACAUUAACUUUAAGAACCCUGAAGAUAUCCUGCUGUUUAGGGACAGAUUUGAUGGCUAUGUCUUCAUUGACAACAAAGGCCAGGAAUAUCCUGCAGUGGUAGAGUUUGCACCCUUCCAGAAAAUCUCUAAGAAGAAACUAAAAAAGAAAGAUGCCAAAGCUGGGAGCAUUGAAGAAGACCCAGAAUAUAAGCGGUUCUUGGAGAAUUACUCCUGUGAUGAGGAGAAGUCUAUGGCCAACCCUGAGACUCUGCUUGGAGAAAUAGAGGCCAAGACCAGAGAGCUCAUAGCCAAACGGACAACCCCACUGUUGGAGUACAUCAAAAAUAAGAAAAUUGAAAAACAGAGAAUAAGAGAGGAGAAGAGAGAGGAGAGAAGAAGAAGAGAGCUUGAAAAGAAACGACAAAGGGAGGAGGAGAAGAGAAAGCGACGAGAGGAGGAAAGACGUAAACGAAAAGAGGCAGAGAAGCAAAAGAAAUUAUCUGAUAAAGAGAUCAAAAUUAAGCUCCUGAAGAAGAGUGACAGAGAUGAUGAUGUGGAUUCAGAUCGAAUGAAGGAUAAAGGUGACAUAGGAGAGACAGAAAGAUGCAAAUGGGAGAAAGGUGGUGGACAAAUGAAGUCAAAGGACCUAAGGGAGAAAGGUCAGCCAGAGAGCGACAAGGAGCAGAGAGAGCAGCAUGGCCGCAGACAGAGAGAUAAGGAUCACCGCGGGAAAGAUGAAGAGAGGAAACGCCAGCGACACCAUUAUGAGUUUGACAAAUUUAUGCGUCGCAAAGAUGAGACAAAAUGGGGGAAAGGCUACUGCCAAGACCGGGCCAAGAAAGAGGGGCACCAUCAUGGCUAUUCCUACUGCCCUGACAGUGGAGACAAAGUGGGAAAAGAGGACAGGGAAGACCUGGGUAGUAGGAAGGAACGCCUCCGAAACAAGGUGAGCGAGAAGGACCGUCCAGCCAUGCAGCUCUACCAGCCAGGGGCACGAAACCGUAAGCGCAUGAACUCAGCAGGCAAAGGCUACGACUGCAUCCCUGUGGGCCACUCGCCUGAACCCGGAACAGAGCACUGUUAUGAGGUUGUCUCUAUGGCAACAGGGUUAGAGAAGAGCAAAGACGAACAGUGAGCAGUUUGGGUGUUUGUAGGAAAUGCAGUUUUCCUUUUCGUCUGUUCCGUUGACUUAUUUGAGUUAUUACUUUUUUAAAGUAAUAAAUCCAAGCAGAGAAGAGGGAACUUCAAAAGCAUAGUUUUUAAUGGUUUCAUCACUUUUAGGAGUGAUACAAUUCAGAGCCUGGAAUGUUGCACAAUGCUUUUAUUUUGCUACAGCAUGAACAUAGUUAUCACAUACAAAUUUGUGUUACUGUUUAUUAUUCAAACUGUUAAACUAGAUUGAAACUUUGAAAUAAAGUUUAUAGCAUACUGACAACAGGAAAAAAUCAUGCAAUGACAGCACAAACAAUUAGUUAGCCAAUAUGUUUGUCACAGAUUUACAGUGUACUUCAUACGCUGCACAGAAGUUUAAUUUUUCAUGCCAGUAUUUUGUUUCUGAAUUCUUGGUAGUCAGUUCCAUGUAAUUUCUUUUUGACAUGUUGUAGAACUGUGUACCUAUUAGUGCCAGCUUGCUAGUGGUGACAUCAGUAGUGUGCUGGUGUAAAUCAAUAAUCCUAUACUUUACAACCAACCUUGUUCCUAAGCCUUUUUAGUCCACUGAAGUUUAAACAAAAAAAAAAAUCCUAGUGUUUAUCAAAAAGAUGUAUAAUGUUCUGUAAAUAGGACUUAGAAUGGACUAAAAGAGAAAAACCAUGUGUAUUUUUGUGUGUUCGAAGGAGCAAAUAAGAAAAAGUUAUUUUUGGUUAAGAGGACAAUAGUGUAAUUACAUGCUUUACUGCUUCUUCCUAAUUGUGUGUCUUGUGACAUAUGAUCUGUAAUCUAAUUUUAAGGUGUUGUACAAAGAAGAUUUUUUUGUGUGAAAAGCUGGUUAUGUAUUAUAUACAGCAUAACACCCACAGGCCAGGAAGAACACAUUGUUAACAUUUUUAUGAAGAAUUUCUGGGGACAGAAAUGUGAUAAUGCAAAGUCUGAUGCUUAUAAAUGAAAACACUUAAUUUUCUAUGUCAUUUGCAUAGUUUUCUAGUCAUUCUGUCAAAUAAACAUAAUAAGAAAGUUGUAUUAAUAUACAAACAUAGUCUGUUUAACAAGCUUUAUAUUAUUUUUGCACAUGACCUAACAUUUGUCAAUCAUUCCUCUUGUAUUAUUUUGGUUUGGUUCUGUUCACUGUAAAGAAGUAAAGCAUUUCUGAUCUUAUAA